GGAAACCAUAAAAUGUGGAAGUAGAUACAGGAAACACACAGCUGCAAGCAUAAAAAAAAGGAACAAGGAAAGGAGCAAUUGAGUUUACAAAACUCACAAUCCUUCUCCCUGCUGCACACUUUGCAGCAUACAGAUUUCAAGAUGAAGCUUCUGGUGCUGAUGGUGAUUCUUACAUCAUGUGCUGCAAGUCCUCGAGAUCUGUCGGACAAAAUGUUCACCUUCCCUCUGAAAACCAGGAGUUCCUAUGUGAAACUGAUUCCGUCUGUGCGUGCUUUGAGUUCCUUAACCGUCUGCCACAGGUCCUUCACAGACCUAAAGAGAAAUCAUGUCCUCCUCUCUUUGGCAACGCCCACUAAUCCCAAUGCCUUCCUGACUUUUUGGCAUGCUGCAGAAAGGGAGAUGGAGACCACCAUCAAAGACAUGCCAAUAAAGCAAGCAGGGAUAGACUAUAAGCCAAACACAUGGCACUCUAUUUGUACCACAUUUGACUCUGCGUCUGGACUGCUGCAGAUGUGGUUUAAUGGAGAACCUCUGGUCAGGAAAUACACCCGAUCUUCAAUAGAUAUCCAGGGCCCUUUAAUCAUAAUUAUAGGACAGGAGCAGGAUUCCCACGGUGGGGGGUUUGACAUUGAUCAGUCAUUCAUUGGAAUGAUGUCUGACAUUCACAUAUGGGACUACCCCCUCUCUGCCUGUGAGAUCCACAACUACAUGGACCGUGUGAGCUACACUCCAGGAAAUGUGAUCAGCUGGAAGGCGCUAGAGUACCAGAUUUUUGACAGGGUUGUGCUAGAAGAAGAGCAAAAGACCUGUCGCUAAAGAUUAAUACAAUUACAUUCUUAUUUGAGCAUGAAAUAGUCUUUGUAAUUGUACGUCCCAUGUAAAGAAAAGGCAGAGUCUUCACAACCUCGAGGAAGAGAUGAGUGCUUGAGCAAGUAUGCAUGUACAGUGGAAGGAAUUACAGACAUGUAGGUGAAGAGGUCAGAAAGCGUUGAAAGGUGGUUUGCUGGCACGGUUUAUGUAAAAUACCAUUACAAAGUCCUGAUUCAGAACAAGAAAAGCCCUUCAGUCUUUUAUUUCUUACCUGAUUGAUGUGACUGAUUUACUGCUUGAAUAUUGAGAAAUGUGAAACUCGUAUGUAACAGCAUGUUAAUCUAAACUGUGAAUGACUUUCUAGAUCAAAAUGUUUAUCGUACUUGAUGUCAGACUUUAAAUUGUAACCUGAUGAUUUCACAAGAUUUAACAACAGCUGAAUAAAUGGAUCUGAUUGUACCAACA